AUGAACCGGUCGGCGCCACCACCACCACCUUACUUCCAUGACAUACCGCUGGGACGGUCAAAUACUACUACGCACGAUAAUGCACCAAUGUAUUACCUGGAGAAGCCGUUGGCCAGAUCAAACACGUCGUCGACUACGUCCUCAAUGUCGGAACGAACCCGGUCGACCCCUCUGUCGAGAAUGUUGCUGUCGGGGGAAGUCAGUGGAGAUGCGCCCCGAGACCUCACACUGAAAGAAAAGUUGGAGAGAUGGAUGGUCAAUGAAGGGUCGCGAAGAAUGGUGGUGGGGAUGUUCGUGCUGGUUCACGGACUGAUCUUCGCCUUUGGGUUCAUGAACUACCAGUUGAAAGACAACCUGACGACGGCGCGGAGUACCUUUGGCUUGACAUAUCCGAUAGCUCGUUCGGCAGCGCUGGUGUUGCACUUCGACGUCGCAUUGAUCCUGUUUCCCGUCUGUCGGACAUUGAUAUCGUUAUUGCGCCAAACCCCUUUGAACAGCAUCGUCCCUUUCGACAAGAACCUCACCUUCCACAAAUUGGUGGCCUACUCGAUCGUUUUCUUCACCUGGGUCCACACCAUUGCGCAUUGGAACAACUUUGGGCAAUUGGCUGCCAAACAGAAGCUGGGCUUCGUUGGCUUUCUGAAAAUCAACUUCGCCACGGGGCCCGGCUGGUCCGGCUACGUGAUGCUGUUCGCCUUGAUGGCGAUGCUUUUCACCUCGAUGGAGAAACCCCGACGAGCCAACUACGAACGCUUCUGGUCCAUCCACCACUUGUUCAUCAUUUUCUUUGUCUUUUGGUCUGUCCAUGGCGCCUUCUGCAUGAUCAAGUCCGACACAGCGCCCUUCUGCUUCGGCACCGGUGUCUUCUGGGAGUACUGGAUGUACGGUGGCUUUGCCUAUUUGAUGGAACGGGUCCUUCGAGAAAUCCGCGGCCGUCAUAAGACGUUUGUCACGAAAGUGAUCCAACAUCCCAGCAAUGUGGUCGAGAUCCAGAUACACAAGGAAAAGACCAAAACGCGCGCUGGCCAAUACAUCUUCCUCUGCUGCCCUGAAGUCUCCAUCUGGCAGUACCAUCCCUUCACGUUGACGUCUGCGCCCGAGGAAGACUACAUAUCGGUCCAUGUCCGAAUGGUAGGCAACUUCACCAAGGCAUUGGGCAAAGCUCUCGGAUGCGACGACAGCAAAGCCAAUAGCGCCGGCGGCGGGAACACCAAGAAACAACGCUCUGAAGUUGUGUCCAUGGCUCCAGGAGGUCUCACAAAACUGUUACCUCGAGUAUAUGUGGACGGACCCUUCGGCUCCGCGUCAGAAGACGUGUUCAAAUUCGAGACAGCUGUGUUGGUCGGGGCAGGCAUAGGAGUCACGCCCUUUGCCAGCAUCCUCAAAUCCAUCUGGUACCGCAUGAGCACCGGCAACGGCGGCAAGACACGUCUGCGUAAGGUCUAUUUCUUCUGGAUUUGUCGCGACUUUGGCUCCCUGGAAUGGUUCAAGAGUCUCCUGACCGCGAUCGAAGCCCAAGACAAGCAGCAUUCCAUUGAGAUCCACACCUAUCUCACGGCCAAAAUUUCCGCUGCUGACGCCAACAACAUCAUGCUCAACUCGACCGACACAGACGCCAUCACCGGCCUACGCACACCCACCAACUUCGGCCGACCGAACUGGGACAUGGUCUUCCGCUCCAUCCGCAAACUCCAUUCGCCCGGCGAGGCGGGCGUCUUCUUCUGCGGACCCAAGGGGCUCGGGUCGCAGUUACAUGUCAAAUGCAACAUGUACAGCGAAGGCGACAAGGGAUUUCGGUUCGUCUGGGGUAAAGAGAACUUCUAG